GUCCUUUUGUUCGCCAUUUUCCAAGGUGCCCAUUUACUCAUUAACCAAGCCAGCUAAAAUCUGUAAAAUACGCUCGUAACCCUUUCGUUUUAUCAAGCAAAACUCUAUUAUUCGCUUUACGCUCAAGCCCCCGGCUUUCUCAUCAUCAAGUUUUAAUUUCGCUGAGCCACUUUUGGAUAGCUUGACCAAGUUUUUGCAUUACCAGUUUCCCCGCUGUGCCCACGGAGGAAUAGGACGGCGCCUCAUGUUAUUCUGCAUAACUUGUUAAAAGAAAUAAAAGCAGAACGAGAGUUACAGCCUUGCGACAAGUUUCCUGACUUCGAAUGACAAAGCCGUCGAGAGCGGCUUAUAUUCCUCUUUCGGCACCUCCUUUCGCCUCGUUUCAUUCUGGGGAAGAAGACGAUGAGGAAUCCAUUGAAUUUUCACGAUAUGGUAGUCCUGUGGCGGGGGGAAUGGUUGUUGAGAAUGAGUUGAAGUCGAAACCCAAACGGCCAGGAUUGGGAGGCAGCUUUCUAUCGAGCCCGUAUGCCGAACCUGUACCUGGAGCGGAAAUUCCGCAACCACCAAGUGGUUUGAAUCCCCUUUUUGAAAAGCUACUUCCAGUGGACGAGGAUGUCCCGUUGUACAUUGAUGUUGGAAAUAGAGGAUAUCGCGAUAUCCCAUUUGCUGUUUUAUACAGUAUUGCGUUGAUAACAAUGUUAAUAACUGGGAUUGUGGUUCUCUUUACUACAAAGAACGCACGAUUGGAUUCUAUUUUCCCCCGACCUAUUUACACUACCAUUAGGGACUCUGCCGGGUUACUGACGGCGAUUACCGGCGUGGCCGUACUCGUCGGCGCUGCUUGGCUAAGUUUGUUGAGGUCGUUUGUUAGGCCUGUGGUCGUGAUAACCAUUCUGGCAAUACCUGUAACGUGUCUCGGGUUCUUUGCCGCGACUCUUACAAACUCGAUUCUUGGAAAGGCCCAUGAUGCCCCAUACCUUGGAGUGCAAUACGAUGGGAUGAUCGUACUUGCUACAAGCUUUUUGAUGGGCGGUAUCGCCUCGGCGACCUUCCUAUUCAAUCGCCGGCAAGAGAUUGAACAAACUAUCCAUAUCCUUCAGCUGUCGUGCGAUAUACUCCGAACGAAUCCGGGAAUUUUCGUCGUAUCGGUGCUUUUGACUGCGACGUAUAUGCUCUUUGCUGUCGCCUGGAUGUUCUUAUUUAGUCACUUGUUUCUUCGAGGACUUAAGGAAACCGAUCCGUCCGGCGUGGUGCGAUGGCACAUGGCAAACGGAACUGGCUGGGUUGCUGGAUUCUUUACGUUAAUGUAUUUCUGGACAUCGGCCAUUUUUAAGAAUGUGGAAAAAGUCACUAUUGCCGGAGUUGUUGGCGAAUGGUACUUCCAAAGACCUGAAGGGGCUCUUUCUACCGAUCGAACGUUGAAGAAUUUCAAGGCCGCCAUCACAAAGUCAUUUGGUAGCAUCGCCUUUGCAUCUCUCAUCCUUGGAAUAAUUCAAACGAUGCAAUUUAUAACCCGGUUAGCUCGCGGACGUUCGUCGAAUAACAGCGCCAUACACGCGUUCCUAACGAGCUGCUUGGAUUGUUGGGGUCAAUUAGCCGACAACGUAUCCUCAUACGCGCUAGUAUAUGUUGGAUUGAGUGGGGACUCCUUCUGCGUGUCAUCCUACCGAACCACUCGCAUAUUCCGUCGAAACUUGAUAUUGGGUCUAGUUACUUCCACGGUCACCCGAUUGAUACUACUCAUGGGCACUGCCACCAUUGCCCUAGGAUGUGGCGUUGUGACUUUCUUUUUCGCAUCGCGCGGACUAGGUAGUCCAUUUGCAUAUGUUGUUGGUGGUGUCGGUACCGUUAUACCAUUCUACGUGGUCCAAGUGCUAGGACACGUAGUGCAAAAUACCGUUGACGCAACGUUCAUUUGUUACCUACUCGAUUUGGACAUGAAUACAUGUCAUUGUGAGAAUGCCCAUCGAAUAUUUGGAAGUUCUGUCAGCUGAUAGUUAUUCUGGAGAAAAGUUAGCAGUCUGAAACUUGUAGAUUGUGGUAGUACUUUUUUUUUUUGCGGGACUGUGAGAUGUGUGAAAUUCCUUCUUUUCUUGUCUUAUUCCUUUUGUUUCCUUCCUUGUAUUGUUAUAUUUGUGUACGAUUUCAACUUUUUACCCUACAUAGUACAUUGUUUGAAUUGUUUACGUUUUCUUUUGACAAAAGACAUUGUCGCUGCUAAGAGUGAAC